AUGGCAGUUCAUGACUCCGUUUACAAGAAUUUAUCUGACGACGACGAUGAAGACGAUCGGCCUAUCAUUUUCAAGAGAACCAGCGCCACGACCAAGCAGAGCCAACUAAACUCUGCACUGAAGAAACCGUCAUCUCAAAAAUCUGAUAGGCCUUCAGCGAAGCUUGCUUCUGAUCGAAGCGCUCCUGGUGAGAAAAGGGAGACUGCCUCAACUCCAAACCCUAUAUCCGGAAGGGCUAGUGCACCAAGUAGAAGCAACAGAGCCGCUUUACCUAGUCAAUUGAAAACCCUGUCAAGCAAUGGCGCAAACAACCUCAAUGGCGGUACUCCAGAUUCUGAGGACCCAGAUGAUGAUAAGCCAUUAAGUAUUAGGCGUUCUUCAACUCUUGCCACUUCUCAGAAAAGCAAAACAUUUAACAAGCUCCAUGGUGAAGCCAAAGAUUCGGAUGAUUCCGAAGAUGAAAAGCCAUUGAGCCUCAGAGUUACUGCUGGUUCUUCUGGCGGUCAAAAACCCAGCAGUAUGAAUGCGAAAAUUGUUCGAAAUCCUUCGGCAGUCGCACCGUCUGUUUCUCAGAAGCCAAAAGCGAACACCGAGGAAGAGUCUGAUGAUUCAGAAGAUGAAAAACCGUUAAUGUCAAGGUUUCAGUCAAAGCCAACCCGACUGAAAGUUGAUUCUGACGAGGAGAAACCUUUGGCCUCUAGGUUUCAGCAGAAUGGUUCUAACAAGAGGCCCCUCGGUAAUGCUGUUAAACCCAGUCAAUCAUCAAAUAAGAAACCAAAACUUUUGGACAACAGUGCUGCAAAAGUUAAGCGUGAAGUUUCUGUGAAGGAGGUGAAGGCUGAAGACGAUGACGAUGAUCAUAUUCCAAUUGCACAGAGAACUAAGAAUUUGGUCUCUAAGGAGAAGCAAUCCUCCACAAAGAAAGUCAUAACAAAGGUGAAGGCCACCUCAUUUAAGAAUGCAAAAGUGACAAAGAAGACGAUGAAAAAUUCUAAGGUAUCUAAGUCAUUCAAGGUGCCACCUGGAUCUGGAGAGGGUCAGAAGUGGACAACCCUUGAGCACAAUGGUGUUAUAUUUCCUCCACCCUACAAACCUCAUGGUGUUAAGAUGCUGUAUAAUGGAAAGCCAGUCGAUUUGUCUCCUGAACAGGAAGAGGUGAUUUUGGGGGUGUUUUAGUCAUUCUCUAGAUCAUUGGUUCUCUAUCACGUUCUUAGUGCUCCUUUCUGUGGUUGCUGAUACAAAAUUUCUAUGUAGAUUAUUCUACUUUCCUUCAAAUUUGGAUUUUCUCCUAUUUUUACCUAAUUUUUUUGUUCGAUUUUUCUGCCACCUAGGUUGCAACAAUGUUUGCAGUGAUGAAGGACACAGAGUAUGCCACGAAAAAGACCUUCAUUGAUAAUUUCAUGAAGGAUUGGAGAACGAUACUUGGUCCAAAUCAUGUCAUUAAGCAGUUUGAGUUGUGUGACUUCACACCAAUCUAUGAAUGGCAUUUGAGGGAGAAGGAAAAGAAAAAGCAGAUGACGGCCGCAGUAAGUAUAUUUCUCCACAGCAAGACUGAUGGAUUGUUCAUUUUAAUUCAUUGGCAGAAUAAUAAUCUCUAUCUAGAUAUUGUGGAAAAUAUUGGGGGAAUAGCAUAUAAAUGGUGUGUUCUUGCUGAUUAUUUUUGAUUGGCAUGUGACUAUGACCAUGACUUUUAAUUCAACAUUCUGUUACUUCGAACAUUUGGAAAUUUGAGUACAGUUAUGUUUUUUAUUCCGUGUUAUAGAAAUCACAAUAAUUUUUCAAGAACAAGAAUUGUUCUAGUUGGCAAAUCUCACCUACCUCCAUGUGACCUCAUGCAAGUGGUAAAAAAUAAUGGAACAAAGUAGACAAAAGGGUUGCGCACUGCCCAGUUCGGUUUUGUCAUUCCUGUUCAAGGCAUUCCUUUUCGUGUACAUGAAAAAUUAUCAUCUUGACUGGCGUUGAAAUUUGUCUGCUUGGUGAUGAGAACCUCAAUUUACCAUUAAGGUGUUGUGUGAUUUGUUUUCCAUUUAGUGCUUCCAUGGAUUGGAUGGAUGGUAUAGCUUUCUGGGAUUGAUUUUAAUCCUACCACAGACAAAUGUCGUAAAAUGCCAUUGAAGUUAGAUAUUUUUCUGGAAUAUCUUGUAACCAAUGAUAAAUUCUGUUUUAUUGGCUUGUGUUCGCUGCAUGGUAUUCCGUGGACUGUUAUUCAUUUAUUUAGUAUUUAUGGACAUUCUAUUGUCUUUUCAGGAAAAAAAGGCAUUGAAAGAAGAGAAAAUGCAGCAAGAAGAGAAAUAUAUGUGGGCUGUUGUUGAUGGUGUGAAGGAAAAGGUUUCUCCUGACCAAGGCUUGGAUAUUUAAAUGUUGACAGUACUGUAUUUCAUCAGUCAUACGAUAUCUAUAGCUGUUUUGACUAUAGUACUGCAUAAGAUGUUGCAAAGUAUGUGUGGGAUUAAAAGAUGUGCAUUCCUUCUUUGAAAUAUAUAGGUGUGCAUAUUAGAUACAUAUAUAUAUAUACCCAAAAAAAGGGGGCGCUGGUGAAAAAACAAUCAUUUUAUUUAGUUUCUUUCUCUCCCUUAGCAGCGGGAAAGGAGUCUUUCUAUCUGCCUAGCUUUGGUAGAUUUCCCCCAACGCAAUCCACAAACUGAAAUUCCACGAAUCCCGUCGGUGGAUAAGCCCGACGACUCAGCAGCAGUGCAGAAUUGAGUUUUACAAUUGGCUAGAUCUCCGUUCAUAGAAUGCCCGUUUCUAUAUCUUUAAGGAUAACAUCCUAAUUUCCCAACUUUUGUGACAGAGGGGGUAAGAUGCAUUUUUGUCACACACACACACACACUUGUAGCAUUGUUUUGGUUUGUACUUUCCCAACUUUCAUGGUGUCCAAUGACAGUUUUUUAAUUUCCCGUGGUAAAUUUCUUAACCGGGUAUUGAAUCUCUUUUUUGCUAAUAGGUGUUGUGUCUGCAUAAUGUGUGCCUCGUAUCUCUUUGUUUAAAAUUUCCUUGCAUUUACCAGCGCUUAAAGGUUGUUCGUUGGUUGCACGAUUUAUACAGAAAAUAUUUUCAAUCCAUGAGUAUAUUUAGAUGCCUUCAUAUUAAAUUAUAUUCUUAUUGACCUCUGUCUCCUCUCAUGUUAAAGUCAUUUUCGUUGCCUUGACCCUGUGAAACCGAGUUACGGAAAGAGUAUGUUAAACUUAUCCUACAACUAAACGGAUCCACAUGCUCCUAAUUUCUCCUCUCUCUUAUUCCCUCUCUCUUUCUGCUUCUUUGUGUCUCUCAUUCUCUCUUUCUGCUUUUUGUUUUAUGCUGUAGAAAGUUGUGUUAGUUUAGUAAAUGAAAAGGCAUUGACUCUGUGGACUUGUAGAGUGCAUUUUACAGUUUUGUUCCCCUGUGUAAAACAUGGGUCAGUUAUUAUCCAUUCUUAUAAUUUUUAUGAUAUCUUCUCAGGUUGGGAAUUUCAGAGUUGAACCACCUGGAUUAUUUCGAGGCCGCGGGGAACAUCCAAAGGUUUUCCUUCCUCUAACCUUAUGCUUAGACAUUUUGGGUGAAUAGUUUGUGAUCCAAUACGUUAGCUAUGGACUGAAAGACGUUAUUGUAGUAUGUAUGCCAUUUGUUCAUCUCGAUUCACUGUGAUUGUACCUUUUCGAACAUAGAUGGGGAAGCUGAAAAGACGCAUUCGCCCAAGCGAUAUAACAAUCAAUAUUGGAAAAUCUGCUCCAAUUCCAGAAUGUCCAAUAGCUGGUGGAAGGUGAAUGGCUUUCCUUGAUAUAAAUUACUUCUUACGAUUUGGCCUGUUUUGCGCUGAAUUAUUGUCUUGUCAGGUGGAAAGAAAUACGGCAUGACAACACUGUGACAUGGUUGGCAUUUUGGAAUGACCCAAUCAAUUCAAAGGAAAUGAAGUACGUCUUCCUGGCUGCCAGUAGCUCUUUGAAGGGUCAAAGUGAUAAAGAAAAGUAUGAGAAAGCUCGGAAGUUAAAGGUGAAUUAGAGUCAACAGUUAAUUUCUUUUGCUUUUAUUCAGUAGCAUAGGGGAAACGUGACCAGUUGAGAAAACCUCCCAGCUACAGUAUCUUAGCUUUUAAAUUCUGUCUUCAGUUGUUUUAAUUGCCAAUUAAUAUCCUAUGAUUCUUGGUUUAGGAUUAUAUCCAUAGCAUUAGGAGAAAUUAUACGAGAGACUUUACAAGUAAAGAUGAUACAAAAAGGCAAAUAGCAGUGGCAACAUACCUUAUUGACAAGCUAGCUCUCAGAGCAGGAAAUGAAAAGGUACAUCCUUAGAGGUUACGAUUUUUAUUUUCUCUCUUGGUCAUAGAUCUUUGCAUUAUUGCCUGCUGUCUAUGCACUUUCUAUUGUGUUGUUGCAUGUUUUUUUUUAAUGAUUUGAUUUUUCUAGUUGGAUACAUUCGUAUGUAUAUUCAGAAACAGGCAAUAUGUCUGCAAGCAGAAUAGUUUGAUGUUUCCUUGUUUUGUAUCACUGAUACAAACCUGGUGAAUAUCAUGGCCGGAUUAUGUGAUGUUCGAUGCAAUUGUAUUUAUUUCAGAUUGCAAUUUGUCUAGAGCUUCUUGGUUCAAGCUGAUGUGAUUCCUAAUGUUGUCUGUUUAAAUCUCAUGUCCCUGGGCAGAGCAUUCUCUAAUUCUCACUUGCUAUUAUAUUUUUCAAGUAGACUUAGGUCAUCCUAUGUUUUACGUUGUUAUCUGGACCAAAUUUCAAGUGUAAACAUGCUUCACGAAUGGGGAUACAAACUUCGAAUUGUAUAGUGGAUACAAUUCUAUUGAUCUGUGCAUAUCGCAUUCUUCUUGCUGCUUACUAACUUUUCUUUUCUAGAUGCUCCUGCAUAUUUUCUCCUUUUUGUUCGGGAGAAACGAUCUGUAGCGUAUGCUCCCCUGCACAUAUUUUUUUCAGUGUUCCCCCUGGUGAGGACCAAGACCCUUUAUCCCACAUAUGGCAAUGAAGAAGAGAGAAAACCAUGGAAACGGGAGUGAAAGAGUGGUAGGGAGGGAGGAGACAAUUACAAUGGGAACAUAUUUUUUUAAGGGUUAAGAUAUACUCACAUCAUCGACCACACUGAGUGCACUAGGUUGAUGCUAUAAAAUGCAUGAGAGGAGACGUUUCUUUAACAUGAGGCUUUUUAUUUAAAUAUGAGGCUUGGUAAACCGUGACACAUGGAAAAUGCUACACAAAACGUAUAUUCCCCUACAAAAGCGGGGACUGUACUUCAUGUGCCAUCACCGUUCUAAGCACUGCAUUCCACACACGUCCACAAUUCAAAGAUUGUGGACAGGUGGAACCAUAUCUCUCUUCCUAUGGGAAAAAGUCCACAUAAUUAAAUUUCAUGGUUGCCUAUUCCAAAGGGUCCAUUUCGGUUUGAUAUUAGACUAAUUCUUUUAGUUCAUAAAAAAACUGUUACUGAUCAUCGUGUCCAUGUGAUAGGUUUUCAUAGUGUUGAGUAUCACCUAUUUGUAGAGUAUCCUGCGUUACUUAAUUGCUUUUCCUUCUCCAUUUAUUCAGGAGGAAGGUGAAGAGGCUGAGACUGUUGGCUGCUGUACUUUGAAAGUGGAAAAUGUCAUGUUGAUCCCUCCAAGUAAGUUACAGGUAAAAUGGAAUGCCUUCGAUGUCUGAACCUUUUUGAGUAUUUCCUUAUCUGUUGUGCUGUGAUUAAACGUUUGUCAUUUCUCCAGUUUGACUUUCUUGGUAAGGAUUCCAUCAGAUACUUUAACACCGUAGAAGUUGAGCCAGCUGUCUACAAAGCAGUUGGAGAUCUUCGGACAAAAAAUCAAAAUGGUACAUGAUUUUCAUAGACUACUAUGCUUCUUACUUGUCUAAAGAUAUCAUUUGUAAACUAUGCACUUUAUUUCUUCAACCCAUUAGUUUCUGUACCAUGACCUGGAAUUUCUUAUUUAUUAGGAAAAAAGAAGGAGGAUGCAGAUUCCCUUUUCCAUAUGCUGGACACCAACAAGCUUAAUGCCCAUCUGAAGGAACUCAUGCCUGGUCUUACUGCAAAGGUUUUCCGCACGUACAAUGCAUCCAUUACGUUGGAUGACAUGGUAAGGUCUAGUGAAAGCAUGCUUUAGUGCUCUCUGAUUCGGACUUUGCAAAAACAAUAGAAGGCAAAAACAUAUCGUUGACUUUAUUAUGCAUAUCCUCCUUUUUUGGUUCUAAAUUAUGUGGAAUUUAACCAGUCUAAUAAUAGCGCACAGCUGGAGACUAAUUGCUGUUCACUUUGCGUUGACUUUAUGGGGGGUACCGAUUCAACAUCUCUGACCCCAGGUUAAUAAGAUAGGGCUUGAUUUCCUCUUACUAUUUCAAUUGCAUCUCUCUGACCUCAGGUUGAUAUUUCUCAGAUUGUCUGGCCCCAGUUUAAUGAGAUUGAAAUAUCUUUUGAGUGUUGAUGUGGUGGGCUUUAUGCAGAUUAGUGUCAGCCUAUUUGACUUUGGUUUAUUGCUUUUCUUGGUCUAUCUUCAUAGAAUAAUGACCUAAAUAACUGAAAUUAGCCUUAAAUUCUAUAAGCUAUAUAAACUCUAAUUUUUUUGUCUGAUGCCCUGUGGCGUUUACACAAUCUUCUCCACCUUUUAGGGUGAGGUUUUGGUGGUUUAUGCCCGCGCCACCAAUGGGGUAGAAAAAGAAUGCGUCUAUCAUAUCGCACCUGCACUUAUAUUUUUCCAUUUCUCACCCAACUUCUUCAGUUCCUGAUGGUAGCAGUCUGCUGGUUAAAUUUCCUGUGCAACAGUUGAAUCAAGAAACCAAGGCUGGGAUCGUGCAAGAGAAGCUUGCUGUUUACCAGCAUGCAAACAAAGAGGUAGAGAUGAAGUUUGCCAUGUCCCAACCAUCGUAUUUCUUGAUUAAGCCUUCUAUUAUUAACCUAUGUGAUCUCUUACUCUGAAUGUAGGUGGCAAUCAUCUGUAACCAUCAAAGGAGUGUUUCCAAGUCCCACGACGCCCAAAUGUCAAGACUGAAUGACAAGUUAGAAGAAUUAAAUGUACCCACCUCUCAGUUUUCUCAUUCUGUUUUUCCUCUUAUCAUAAUAUUUUGUCUCAAUCUCUUUAUAAAAUUUAAUUUAGAACAAAGUUUGUGUACGUAUUUUUGGAAGCCCUUACAGUGGAAUCUCAUAUUUGUAUCCAGACUCAGCGAGAGGAGCUGAAUGCAGAUCUGAGUAGGGCGAGGAAGGGGAAGCCUCCUUUGAAAGACUCAGAGGGGAAGACAAAGAGGAAUUUGUCAUCUGAAGCGUAAUAAUCCCCUUGAUUUGCUUUUCUAGGUGUUAAGUGUUGUCAUGCAUCUGCCUUAUAAAACUGUGAUAAUCCUGCAGGUUGGAGAAGAAGCUGAUGCAGCUAGAUGCGAAGAUAGAAAAGAUAGAAUUAGAUAAAAAACUCAAAGAGGAUUUGAAGACCGUUGCUCUGGGUACAUCAAAGAUUAACUAUCUCGAUCCCAGAAUAUCAGUUGCUUGGUGUAAACGGCAUGAAGUCCCCAUUGAAAAGGUUGAGCCCUUGCUUCUUUCGGUUGUGAUGUUACAUAAUAUUCCCCUCUUUGACCUUUACUGAUGAUCGCUGUGGAUAAUUCUCACAGAUUUCUGAUCACUUUUUGGUUUUUUUUAGUAUUUUAUUCAUUUUCUCACAGUUAUAACAUAUCCUAAUGAAUGUAGUAGUUUCUCUUUAAUCAUGUGCUUACUCUUUCGUUUUGAAACUGUGGGUGAUUUCACUUUAUGAAUAUUUAUGAAGCAUCUUUCCUCAAUGCAUUAUCUCGCGCUUGUUGUAUUCACUUUUUGGGUUUUCAUUUCUGUUCUUCUCCAUUGAAUUCUCUCAAAGUUGUCCUGUGAAAACCAUCAAACAUUAUAAGAACAAGAGUUUUGAGUCCAUUGCUUUCACAAUUAUCAUCUCCCUGCUCUUCUUUUCGGUUUAAGUUUUUAUCUUUGUGAAAAUUUCACGAAAGAAACACUGUAAAGCAUCUUCAUCAACACAUUAGUUCAGAACUUUUAAUCAUUUUUUGGCCUUUAAUGUCUGUUCGUUUCAAAUAAUCGUCUCCAAUUGAUCCCUGCAAUCACUCAGCGAAGAAUGAGUUUUCUGAAUCCAUGGGUUUUACAAUAAUCAGCUGCUCACUCACAAUGAUCAAUCAUGACUGUCAAACUCAAAAAAAUAACAAUAAAUCCUUCUAAUAAUUUUACACAUGAGCGCGGUGGAUCAUCCUCCAUAGCCCAUAAAUUCAGAUUUUUAAUUCACAUUUCGGGUUUCAAUUUAUUCCUUUCAACUGAUUGUAUGUAAUCCAUCACUGUAACUCAUCAUGGAAGAAUAUCGUUUCUGAAUCUAUUUGCUUCUCAUUAAUCAUCUACAAACACUGUAAAGCAUCUUCCUCAACAGAUUAAUUAGGACUUUUAAUCACUUUUUGGCCUUCAAUGUCUGUUCAUUUAUCAAAUAAUCGUCUCCAAUUGAUCCCUGCAAUCACUCGGCGAAGAAUGAGUUUUCUGAAUCCAUGGGCUUUACAAUAAUCAACACUGGUUGUCAAAAUUAUCAAAACUUAACAAUAAAUCCUUCAAAUUGCUUUACACAUGAACGCUGUAAAUCAUCCUCCAUGGCUUUAUCAUUUGCCCUUUUCAACUGAUUGUAUGUAAUCUAUCAUUGUAACUGAUCAUAGAACAUCGUUUCUGAAUAUAUUUGCUUCUCACAGAUAUUCAACAAGUCUCUUCUGGCAAAGUUCGCCUGGGCAAUGGAUGUUGACCCGAGUUUCAGAUUCUGA